UUAAAAAAUGAUAAUGGGAUAUUUCUUAGUGGUGUGGUAGGAGCAGCUAUGAAGAAAAAGGUAACUUACAACUACAGGUUGAAACUUGAAAAGAGCUCCGGUGAUCCACUGAACUCACAUUGUGAAUGUCCGGCUGGAAGGGGACCACAUGGAUCCUGCAAGCAUGUGGCAGCAGUGCUAAUAAUGAUUAGUGAGUUCAUAGCAACUGGCAAUGUAAAUACAGGAAGGUCGUGUACUGACACUUUAAUGAUGUUUACCAAGCCAAAAUCAUCAUAUAGUGGGUCUCCAGUGAAAGCAGAAAAGUUGCCAACUAAGAGAAAGCUGGCACCAGUUUAUCUUGCUGAUCCUAGACCAAUUAAAUACAGAAACUGCCCAGGUUACAAUGACCACAUCAAAAACACUGUAACAAACUUCUGCAGUGUAUCAUCAAUGGACUUAUCAAUUAGAUACUUGUAUGAAAAAGCUGAUAUUCAGGCAGCAGCCAAAGAUCAUGAUUAUUGUCCCAUGCCUUUUACUGAGCAUUGGGUUGAUAGAGCAAAUAAGGUAUUAAAAACUGGUUCAAUAAAUUUGGAUCACAGUUUGGUAAAAAAUUGAGUUAUCCCCCUUUGUCCUAGAAAUAUACUAAAAAUGUAAAUGCAAGUUACCCAGGAAAAAUGACAUAAGGAUGCAUGAAGUUCAUCAAUCAUUAAUCUGUUGUAUAAAUUUACCUAAUGCUUAACACGACAAAAUAAGAGAGGGUUUUUAAUAUUGUCAUUGAGCUUUCCUAUUUAAUAAUGUUCUUCAAAAUGCUUUAGAUAUUUUUACUUUGGUAAUGAUUAAAGUCUUAAGGUAGCACUACAGUCAGAAUUUUCUGACUCCAACCAACAGUCUUUAAAGAUUAAUUACUCCAAAACCACUCAAUGGAUUUUUAAAAUGUUUAACUCAUUUUAAAGCUGAAAUAUUACUCUUUCUGAAUCCAAAGAUAAAUUUAUUUUUGGUAUGAUAAAUCUCAAAAUAUAGCUCAUUAAUUGCCAAAAAAGUGGUCUUCCAACUUGGAUGGAAAUGGCACAUUCAGGUCAAAUGGUAGUAAAAAUUUGUUUUCAUCCCUUUAAUCAACCAUAUACAAGCUGCAAAACCGUGUCUCAGAUUUUUGAUAUAUGCCUCCAGUAAGAAGAUAUAUUGAUUUAACUGCUGGGUGCCAAACCUCAUUUCACCUUUCAUCUUUGGAGACCUAAAAAUUCGUUUAGAAACAAAUUAUCCAAAAACUGGGACACGGUAUUGUAGAAAAUACUACCUUUAAUCACAUAUAUCAAAGUCAAACCAAAGGGGGUACCCAUAAAGUUUAUAUUUUUAGUUUUACCUCACAAAUCUCAUGAAAAAUUGUUCUGAGAAAUGACCCUAAAAUGGAAUUUCCCCCUUAGAACCCCUAUAAAUGCAACAUAAAUAAAAAAAAUUCCACUGGGAACACCCCAGGAGUGUUCUGACACCAUUACUUUAUCAAUAGAACCACACACUUUGUCUCUUUGAUGCUCUAAUGCUGUAAAUUUUGCAUUAUGUGUGGCACUGUGCAACACUAACUUGGCAUUUGGCGGGAGUUUGACGUCACAGAUUUGACCAAUAUCUGUGAUGUAGUAAUUAAAUAUAGACAAAGCUCCGCCUCUGUCCAGACAGUCUAAGAUAAGAGAAUAACAGGAUUGACCAGCUGCAUGUAAUCAAUAUUUAACAUCAUUAUUCUCACUAUAAAGAAUAAUUUUCAUUUGUAUUUUAAAAAGAAAUAUACUAUUACUGAAAUUAGCUAGAACAUUAAAAUUGUGCAUCAAAAGACAUGUUCAUAAAAAGAUCCAAGACCAUCCACUUCUUUAAAAAAAGACACUCCCACAUGAUUUUUGAGUUUUAUGGAAUUGAAAAAUUUCACAUAAACUUAAAAUCGGUUAAAAUGCCUAAAAACUGUAUUUAAAUGUAGAAGACCAAAUAGAAGAAAUUUAUACAGGCAGUCAGAGGCUUUCAAAGAUACUUUCACACUCUUUUCCAUAUUUUUUUUUCAUUUUUUGUAGAUUUCUUCCUUUUAGAUUUUUUCCUUUUCAUAUCUUUUUCUUUUUCUCUGUUUAUAAACAUGUUACAUAAAUUACCUUUGUUGCAAUACAAUGAGAUAAGACCACAAUAUUUAUCUUGUGGUCAGAGAUUAACAGCUGGACACUGGUAUCAACUGAUGAUUGACAUAUUAGCCCCUCCCAAAUGCCUAUAUAUUUAGAUUAAUUACCAUGUGCUUUCAUUUACAUAAGUUCAUUAUCAAUUUACUCCCUGUUGUGAUAUGAUAAUGACUUUGGGAUUUUUACAAACUGUGCAGAAUAAUACUUAAUUCAAAAUUAUGUGAUAAAAAAAAUAUCUUCAAAAAAUCAUUGUUAGACUGUAGUGCUACCUUAAUUUGAUAAAGAUAUGGAAUCAUGGAUAAACAAUUAUUUUCAAAAAGGAGUGGACUAAAUUAAAUUAUUCAAAGUUUUUCUUCUUUUAAUUUACAGGAUCAUGAUAUUAGAAUCAAUCAAUCAGAAUGAUAUUAUGUUUUCAUAUAGGUUACACAAUCAGAUAUAGAUUUGAUUGAGAGGUCUUCCCGCCUACAAAGUUGCAGUCCCAAGUGGUUAGAAGAAAGAAGAUGGAGACUCACAGCAUCCACCUUCGGCGAGAUUUGUAAAGUCACUUCAAGACGGAACACUAACAAAUUUUGUCAUUCACUUUUUUAUGGCUCAAAUAUUCAGAGCAAAGCACUUAGUCAUGGCAAAAACUAUGAAGCUAAAGCAUUGAAGGCUUUUAAUUUAAAAUUUAAUGUGAAUGCUAAAAGAUGUGGUUUUUAUGUCAGUAUUGAUAAAUCUUUCCUUGGUGCUUCACCUGAUGCCAUUUUAGAGGAUGGUAAAGCAAUUGUCGAAAUUAAAUGCCCCUACAAUGGAAGAAAUGAAGAUGUUAAGCCUGGUCCAAGUUUCAAUUUUUUACAGAUGGAUAGUAAUGGCAAUAUUGUUUUGAAAGAGAGCAGUAAUUAUUAUGAUCAAAUUCAAGGGCAGCUUUUUGUCACCAAAAGAUCUCUAUGUUACUUUGUUGUUUAUACCUUAUGUGAUUUGUUUGUACAAAAAAUCAGCCUUAAUGAGGAGUAUUGUAAUAACUGUCUUGUUCCAAAACUGGAGUCAUUUUACCAAAGAGUUUUUAGACCAUAUGUUGCUUCAACAUUGUAAAUUUGUAGUAAAAAUCAUACGAAAUACAAUUAAAACAAAUAAAUAUUUUAUCAAUACGUAUUCACUGAUUACAACUAGUAGUUAUUCAAUUUGGAAUGUCAUUUUAUUUGUAAUUUGAUACAUGUAUAAAAUUAUUUUUCUAAUAUAUUGAUUUUGAUUUGAAAAUUAAAUGCCCCUUUAACAAAUCUCUUUGAAGUUUUUUUGUAAUAUGCUGGUUUAUAUCUUUAUCUAAAGUUAAAUCUACCUAUACAAUCAACCAGGAAUGAUAAAAAAAAUCUCUCAAAAAGGGACAGAUAACUCUUUUAAUUCAAUUGAUUGAACUGUUAUCCCAUUAUACUUUUAAGGUUAAGAAUGACUUACUGAAGCAAGCAAAAUAUCUCUUUAUAAUGAAAGAAGAAAUAAAUUAUUAACUUAUAUUAUUGAAGAGCUAAUUUUUAAUUUGAUAAUCCAAUUUAUUUAGUACAUGUAUGUAUUAAACAGUUUUGAGAUGCAAGAUAAUUAUUAUAACACGCAAUAUUUGUAACCAGUAAAUACUAAUUUUUGACGUACAUGCU